CUUGUUGUCGUGGUAACACUCUCUGGCAUGUGUAGAACCUUGGUGUAGUGGUAACACUCUCUGGCAUGUGUAGAACCUUGGUGUCGUGGUAACACUCUCUGGCAUGUGUAGAACCUUGGUGUCGUGGUAACACACUCUGGCAUGUGUAGAACCUUGUUGUAGUGGUAACACUCUGGCAUGUGUAGAACCUUGGUGUAGUGGCAACACUCUCUGGCAUGUGUAGAACCUUGGUGUCGUGGUAACACACUCUGGCAUGUGUAGAACCUUGUUGUCGUGGUAACACUCUCUGGCAUGUGUAGAACCUUGGUGUCGUGGCAACACUCUCUGGCAUGUGUAGAACCUUGGUGUCGUGGUAACACUCUCUGGCAUGUGUAGAACCUUGGUGUUGUGGCAACACUCUGGCAUGUGUAGAACCUUGGUGUCGUGGUAACACUCUCUGGCAUGUGUAGAACCUUGGUGUCGUGGUAACACUCUCUGGCAUGUGUAGAACCUUGGUGUCGUGGCAACACUCUCUGGCAUGUGUAGAACCUUGGUGUCGUGGCAACACUCUCUGGCAUGUGUAGAACCUUGGUGUCGUGGUAACACUCUGGCAUGUGUAGAACCUUGGUGUCGUGGUAACACUCUGGCAUGUGUAGAACCUUGGUGUCGUGGUAACACUCUCUGGCAUGUGUAGAACCUUGGUGUCGUGGUAACACUCUCUGGCAUGUGUAGAACCUUGGUGUCGUGGUAACACUCUCUGGCAUGUGUAGAACCUUGCUGUAGUGGUAACACUGGCAUGUGUAGAACCUUGGUGUCGUGGUAACACUCUCUGGCAUGUGUAGAACCUUGGUGUCGUGGUAACACACUCUGGCAUGUGUAGAACCUUGUUGUCGUGGUAACACUCUCUGGCAUGUGUAGAACCUUGGUGUAGUGGUAACACUCUCUGGCAUGUGUAGAACCUUGGUGUCGUGGUAACACUCUCUGGCAUGUGUAGAACCUUGGUGUCGUGGUAACACACUCUGGCAUGUGUAGAACCUUGUUGUAGUGGUAACACUCUGGCAUGUGUAGAACCUUGGUGUAGUGGCAACACUCUCUGGCAUGUGUAGAACCUUGGUGUCGUGGUAACACACUCUGGCAUGUGUAGAACCUUGUUGUCGUGGUAACACUCUCUGGCAUGUGUAGAACCUUGGUGUCGUGGCAACACUCUCUGGCAUGUGUAGAACCUUGGUGUCGUGGUAACACUCUCUGGCAUGUGUAGAACCUUGGUGUCGUGGUAACACUCUCUAACAUGUGUAGAACCUUGUUGUAGUGGUAACACUCUGGCAUGUGUAGAACCUUGGUGUAGUGGUAACACUCUGGCAUGUGUAGAACCUUAAAUCAGUUUUAUAACUAUUUUACCAGCAUGUCACAUGUGCAACAAGAUUGGGAAAAAACUCUAGACCACCUUUACUCCACACACAGAGAUGCAUACAAAGCUCUCCCCCGCCCUCCAAUUGGCAAAUCUGACCAUAAUUCUAUCCUCCUGAUUCCUGCUUACAAGCAAAAACUAAAGGAGGAAGCACCAGUGACUCGCUCAAUACGGAAGUGGUCAGAUGACGCGGAUGCUGCGCUACAGGACUGUUUUUCUAGCACAGACUGGAAUAUGUUCCGGGAUUCAUCCAAUGGCAUUGAGGAGUAUACCACCUAAGUCAUCGGCUUCAUCAAUAAGUGCAUUGACGACGUCGUCCCCACAGUGACCGUACGUACAGUACAUAUCCCAACCAGAAGCCAUGGAUUACAGGCAACAUCCGCAUCGAGCUAAAGGCUAGAGCUGCUGCUUUCAAGGAGCGGGACACUAAUCCGGACGCCUAUAAGAAAUCCUGCUAUGCCCUCAGACGAACCAUCAAACAAGCAAAGCAUCAAUACAGGAUUAAGAUUGAAUCCUACUACACCGGCUCUGACACUCGUCAGAUGUGGCAAGGCUUGAAAAGUAUUACGGACUACAAAGUGAAACCCAGACGCCAGCUGCCCAGUGACGCAAACCUACCAGAUGAGCUAAAUGCCUUUUAUGCUCACUUCGAGGAAAGCAACACUGAAGCAUGCACGAGAGCACCAGCUGUUCUGGAUGAAUGUUUGAUAACGCUCUCGGGAGCCGAUGUGAGCAAGACCUUUAAACAGGUCAACAUUCACAAAGCCGCGGGCCAGAUGGAUUACCAGGACGUGUACUCAAAGCAUGCACGGACCAACUGGCAAGUGUCUUCGCUGACAUUUUCAACCUCUCCCUGACUGAGUCUGUAAUGUUUCAAGCAGACCACCAUAGUCCCUGUGUCCAAGGAAGCGAAGGUAACCUGCCUAAAUGAUUACGCCCGUAGCUUUGAAAGGCUGGUCAUGGCUCACAUCAACAGCAUCCCGGAUACCCGGAUACCCUAGACCCACUCGCAAACCGCCCCAACAGAUCCACAGAUGACGCAAUCUCAAUCGCACUCAACACUGCCCUUUUCCCACCUGGACAAAAGUAACACCUUUGUGAGAAUGCUGUUCACUGACUACAGCUCAGUGUUCAACACCAUAGUGCCCUCAAAGCUCAUCACUAAGCUAAGGACCCUGGGACUAAACACCUCCAUCUUCAACUGGAUCCUGGACUUCCUGACGGGCCGCCCGCAGGUGGUAAGGGUAGGCAACAACACAUCUGCCAUGCUGAUCCUCAACACUGGGGCCCCUCAGGAGUGUGUACUUAGUCCCCUCCUGUAUUCCCUGUUCAUCCACGACUGCGUGGCCAAACACGACUCCCACCCCAUCAUUAAGUUUGCUGACAACACAAUAGUGGUAGGCCUGAUCACCGACAACGAUGAGACAGCCUCAAGGGAGGAGGUCAGAGAACUGGCAGUGUGGUCCCAUGACAACAACCUCUCCCUCAAUGUGAGCCAGACAAAGGAGCUGAUCGUGGACUACAGGAAAAGGUGGGCCGAACAGGCCCCCAUUAACAUCAACGGGGCUGUAGUGGAGCGGGUCGAGAGUUUUAAGUUCCUUGGUGUCCACAACGAUCUAUCAUGGUCCAAGCACACCAAGACAGUCGUGAAGAGGGCACGACAAAACCUUUUUCCCUUCAGGAGACUGAAAAGAUUUGGCAUGGGUCUCCAGAUCCUCAAAAGGUUCUACAGCUGCACCAUUGAGAGCAUCCUGACCGGUUGCAUCACCGCCUGGUAUGGCAACUGCUCGGCAUCUGAGGCGCUACAGAGGGUAGUGCAGAGGGUAGUGCAUCACUGGGGCCAAGCUUCCUGCCAUCCAGGACCUAUAUAAUAGGCGGUGUCAGAGGAAAGCCCAUAAAAUUGUCAGAGACUCCAGUCACCCAAGUUAUAGACUGUUUUCUCUGCUACCGCAUGGCAAGCGGUACCGGAGCGCCAAGUCUAGGACCAAAAGGCUCCUUAACAGCUUCUACCCCCAAGCCAUAAGACUGCUGAACAACUAAUCAAAUGGCCACCAGACUAUUAACCCUUCUAGGGGUUGUGCCAGUGGGCAAUGACAUUCACAUAGCAAAUCUCACGCCAAGCUUUCUUUAAAAGUUGGCAGCCCUGUUCACUGCUACUCGUCUCAAUUUUUGUGACAUUAUGCAAAUAUUUCGUAAAAGGAGGGGAGGGGACCGCAUCGGACAUGGUGUGAAUGGUUUUGUGUGUCAAAAUCGGAAUCCUUAUUUUUUAUCGAAUUGGGAUAAAUAAAUGGCUACAUCAAAAAGUACUAGUUUCAUGGAACGACUCCGGCUGUGUGGUUGCUGGGGUAGAGAGCGCCCAAGACAUACUAUUAUAAAUGGUCCAGCAGAAGAGACCAGGCUCACCUGUACCCAGCUGUGUGUCCAUGAAGAGUGACCGGUCUAUGGAGGAGCCACUCAAAUUCAGAAAAGGAGAUUGUACCACUGAUCCAGGUGGAUGUUCUACACUGUUAGAGGAUCAGUCCAGGUGUGCAGUGUGUCACCAGGUGCAGAGGGAUCCAGUCUCUAUCACCUGUGGACACAGGUUCUGCAGACAGUGCAUCACCAGAUACUGGGAGAAACCUGCUCCUUCAGGAGACUAUGACUGUCCUCAGUGUAGAAGGAGAUCCAGAACACGUCCUGUACUACAGCACCUGAGUGAACCCAAUGAUGCCAGAGGCUCUGAAAACAUGGAUGACAGCCUGCAGAGAGCCAUAGUAAACCAUAAAGACAGUCUGAAAAGGAGGUAUGAAUGUGUGAAAGAAGGCAAGGAAAAAGCAGGGCAUCAAACUCCCCUCAACAGGAUUUACACAGAGCUCUACAUCACAGAAGGAGAGAGUGAAGGGGUUAACAAUGAACAUGAGGUGUGGCAGCUAGAGACAGUCUCCAGGACACCAACCUCACAUGACACAGCAAUCCACUGCAAUGACAUCUUUAAACCCUUACCUGGGCAAGAGAGAAGCAUCAGAACUGUGCUGACGAAGGGCAUCGCUGGCAUCGGAAAAACAGUCUCUGUGCAGAAGUUCAUCCUAGAUUGGGCUGAAGGGAAGGCAAACCAAGAUGUGGAUAUCAUAUUUAUGCUUCCUUUCCGGGAGCUGAACUUGAUUAAAGAUCGGCUGUACAGUCUUCUCAGACUUUUAAAUGACUUCCACACAGAACUAGACAUAGGCAAUGCAAAGAAACUCACUGCCUGUAAAGCUAUGUUCAUCUUUGAUGGUUUGGAUGAAACCAGACUUCCAUUGGAUUUCCAACACAAUGAAAAGGUGUCUGAUGUCACACAGACAUCAUCUGUCGAUGUUCUGCUGACAAACCUCAUCAAGGGGAAUCUGCUUCCCUCUGCUCUCCUUUGGAUAACUACUCGACCUGCAGCAGCCAAUCAGAUCCCCCCUGAGUAUGUUGACCAGGUGACAGAGGUACGAGGGUUCAAUGACCCACAGAAGGAGGAGUACUUCAGGAAAAGAUUCAGUGAUGAGGACCUGGCCAGCAGAAUCAUCUCACACAUAAAGACAUCAAGGAGCCUCCACAUCAUGUGCCACAUGCCAGUGUUCUGUUGGAUUUCUGCAACAGUCCUUGAACACAUGUUGAGUAUAGACAAGAGCAGAGAGAUGCCCACGACUCUGACUGAGAUGUCCAUACACUUCCUGCUCAUUCAGACCAGCCUGAAGAACCAGAAGUAUCAUGGAAGAGAGGAGAUGGAUCAAGAGGAGCUCAUGGAGUCAGAUGAGGAAAUUCUUAUGAAGCUGGGGAAGCUGGCGUUUGAAAAUCUGGAGAAGGGUAAUCUCAUGUUCUAUGAAGAAGACCUGAAAGAGGCUGGCAUUGAUGUCAAAGAAGCCUCAGUGUACUCAGGAGUGUGCACACAAAUCUUUAAAGAAGAGUCUGUGUUAUUUCAGAGAGUGGUGUACUGCUUUGUUCAUCUGAGCAUUCAGGAGUUUCUCUCGGCUGUCUACAUUUACAAUUGUACCACAACCAAGAACAUGGAUGCACUGAAGCCCUUCCUCAAGAGAAAGUCUAGAGCUGCGUCUGAAGAGCUAACCUUGGAUGAGCUGCUGAAGAGCGCUGUGGAUAAAGCCUUGGAGAGUAAGAAUGGACACCUGGACCUUUUUGUCCGCUUCCUUCAUGGCAUGUCACUGGAAUCCAAUCAGAAACUCCUACGAGGUCUGGUGACACAGACAGAAAGCAGUCCAGAGAGCGUCCAGAAAACGAUCCGAUCCCUUAAGGUGAUGCAGAAGGAGAACAUCUCCCCUGAGAGGUGCAUAAAUCUCUUCCACUGUCUGAUAGAGAUGAAAGACCAUUCAGUACAGGAGGAAAUCCAAGAGUACUUGAGCUCAGAGGACAGAUCCAAAAACCUUUCCCUUGCUCACUGUUCAGCGCUGGCCUACAUGCUGCAGAUAUCAGAGGAGGUUCUGGAUGUGUUUGACCCAAAGGAAUACAAGACAUCACAGGAGGGUCGUAGGAGACUGCUCCCAGCUGUGAGGUGCUGCAGGAAAGCUCUACUUACUGGCUGUAACCUCACAGACACAUCCUUUGAAGUGUUGGCUUCAGUUCUCAGUUCAAACCCCUCACACCUGAGAGAGUUGGAUCUGAGUAACAAUGACCUGAAGGAUUCAGGAGUGAAGCUGCUCUCUGCUGUACUGGGGAAUCCACACUGUCAACUUGAGACUCUGAGACUCGCUGGCUGUCAGCUCACAGAAGCGUCUUGUGAAGUGUUGGCCUCAGUUCUCAGCUCAAACCCCUCACACCUGAGAGAGCUGGACCUGAGUAACAAUGACCUGAAGGAUUCAGGAGUGAAGCUGCUCUCUGCUGUACUGGGGAAUCCCCACUGUAAACUGGAGACUCUGAGACUCGCUGGCUGUGAACUCAGAGAAACAUCUUGUGAAGUGUUGGCUUCAGUUCUCAGUUCAAACUCCUCACACCUGAGAGAGCUGGAUCUGAGUAACAAUGACCUGAAGGAUUCAGGAGUGAAGCUCCUCUCUGCUAGACUGGGGAAUCCCCACUGUAAACUGGAGACUCUGAGGCUGUCAGGCUGUCUAGUCACAGAGGAAGGCUGUGCUUCUCUGGUCUCAGCUCUGAGGUCAAACCCCUCACACCUGAGAGAGCUGGACCUGAGUAACAAUGACCUGAAGGAUUCAGGAGUGAAGCUGCUCUCUGCUGAACUGGGGAAUCCACACUGUCAACUGGAGAAACUCAAUGUGGAACCUGUUGGAGUGAACACAAUCAAACCUUGGCCUAGAAAAUAUGCCUGUGAUCUCACACUGGACCCAAACACAGCAUACAAACACCUCUCUCUGUCUGAGGAGAACAGAAAGGUGACAUGGAGGAGAGAGGAGCAGCCGUAUCCUGAUCACCCAGAUAGAUUUUACAACUGGAGACAGGUGCUGUGUAGAGAGGGUUUGACUGGACUCUGUUACUGGGAGGUAGAGUGGAGUCAGUGUGGGGCUUAUAUAGCAGUGACAUAUAAAGGAAUCAGCAGGAGAGGAGUGGGUAAUGACUGUGGGCUUGGAUACAAUGACAAGUCCUGGAGUCUGGACUGCUCUGACAACAGUUACUCUGCCAGGCAUAAUAAUAAUCACACUGACAUAGAUGUCCCCUUCUCCAGAUCCCACAGAGUAGGAGUGUAUCUGGACUGGCCAGCCGGCACUCUGUCCUUCUACAGAGUCUCCUCUGACUCACUGACCCACCUGCACACAUUCCACACCACAUUCACUGAGCCCCUCUAUCCAGGGUUUUGGCUUUGGGGUGACUCCUCAGUGUCCCUGUGUCAGGUGGUCCCUGUGUCAAACACAGUAUGAUGUUUCAAUCUAAUCCUGGUUCAGUAAAAUAAUCUGGAGCAAUAAUGUAGAAUAGCUCUCUAGGCUGUUAACACAUGAUUGUAAAUAUUGGUUUGACUCCUCAGUGUCAAACACAACAUGUUUCACUCUAAUCCUGGUUAUGUUCAGUAAGACACAAUGGAACAAGAAUUGAUAUGAACUCUCUAGUCAUGAGUUAACAGUUGAUUAUUAAAUCUAAAUAUUCAUGAUUAUUCACUACUGAAGUUGAUAGACGUAAAAUAGAGGCAUUAAUGAAAUGUAUCACCACUGUUAAAACUUAGAAAUCAUUGAUCUUGCUGUUAUUGCUUUUUCAUGUUUGUAAAUAUUGUUGUCUGUAGAAUGUUUUUUUGUCAAAUUGUUGACAAAACAAUCCUGCUUCUGUAUAAACACAAUUCCACUGAAUGAAAUGUACAUGUGACAGAUGUGACUAAUAAAGGUUAAUCAACCAGAUGAAAGAAGAGAGGUGGAAAUGUUUUAAUAUUGAUCAGAAUACGGUAUUUAAAUACAUGGAGUUAACAAACAA